GCCUCAUAAAUAAACAUCGAGGAAACCGAGCAAAGCGGAGAAAGCUGCCGCUGCCUGCUAGCAGUUGCAGCCCCCGCCGCCGCGGCCCCCGGAGGAGGCGAACCAACCGCGGCUGUCCCCGGCGGGAAUUUCCCAGCCGCGGCCGGCGAUCGAGUCAGUUCCGUCCCGUCCCGCGCCGAUGCGGAUCCCGCGGCGGAAGGGCGGGGCCGGCCCGCUCGCUGUUGGGGUGCCCAGCAGGCGGGUGCAGGUGGCCGCGGUAUUCGCGCUCGCCGCGCUGCUCGGGGUCUCCGUGCUCUACGACAGCGCCCACAUCGCCGCCACGCUGCGGAGGCACGGCGGCGGCCCGACGACGUACGCCAAGCUCUCGUCCUCCGACGACGGCGCCACCGCCGUCUCCGGCGUCGCGAGGGAGGAGGCGGCGGCGGCGGCCGUAGAGGCGCUCGCGCCGCCGGCGCGGGCAGCGGAGUCGGCGCCGGUUGACGGCGCGGAUUGGGCCGACCCACCCCCGCACGAGCGGCAGGAGGAGGUCGCAGCGAAGCCUGGAGCGACGGCCGGGAGCUCCCUGCAGGACGCGCCGCUGAUCGAGGAGGUGGUGCAAGGAGGAGGCGGAGGCCACGGCGACGGCGCCGCGCAGGAGCAGUCCCCCGGGACCUGCGACCUGUACAAGGGCCGCUGGGUGUACGACGAGUCCCGCGCGCCGGUGUACAAGGAGUCCGACUGCAGCUUCCUCACGGAGCAGGUCACCUGCACGCGCAACGGCCGCCGCGACGACGACUACCAGAAGUGGCGCUGGCAGCCCGACGGCUGCGACCUCCCCAGAUUUGAUGCUAAGUUGCUUCUGGAGAAGCUAAGGAACAAAAGACUGAUGUUUGUGGGGGAUUCUCUAAAUCGGAACCAGUGGGAAUCCAUGGUGUGCCUGGUCCAGUCAGAGGCUCCAUGGGACAAAAAGUCUCUUGUCAAGAAUGGUUCUCUUAAUGUGUUCCAUCUUCAGGAGUACAAUGCAACAGUUGAGUUCUAUUGGGCUCCUUUCCUAGUGGAGUCAAACUCAGAUGACCCAGACAUUCAUAGCAUCAGUGACCGCAUGAUCAAGCCAACAUCGAUCGCGAAGCAUGCAGCGAACUGGGAAGGGGUGGACUACCUGAUCUUCAAUACUUACAUUUGGUGGAUGAACACACCACAGAUGAAAACUUUGCAUGGUGGAUCCUUUUCAAGGAAACAUGUUAAGUAUGAUGAAAUAGAACGUGUCGAGGCAUACCGGAAGGUCCUCAAGACAUGGUCUAGAUGGGUAGAGGCGCACAUAGAUCCCAAGAGAACAACGGUCUUAUUCAUGAGUGUGUCACCAGUACAUAUGCAGAGUGAAGGUUGGGGCAGCCCCAAUGCCAUAAAAUGCUUCUCCGAGACACAGCCAGCAAUCAACUACACGAAAAAAUUGGAGGUGGGCACGGAUUGGGAUCUCUUUGUGACUGCUCAGCGCGUGACGAGGUCAAUGAAGAAGGUGCCGGUGCACUUCAUCAACAUAACUGCGCUGUCGGAGAUCCGCAAGGACGCGCACACUUCCGUGCACACACUGCGGCAGGGGAAGCUCCUGACUGCGGAGCAGAAGGCGAACCCGAGGAAGUUCGCGGAUUGCAUCCACUGGUGCCUCCCUGGUGUGCCGGACACGUGGAAUGAGUUUGUUUAUGGUCAUAUUGUGUCGAGCCCGCCGCAGCAGCAGCAGCAGAUAACCGAGGAUCAACCUCACAGAUGACAGCUAGAGAUACUUCACCUGGUAGCGCAAUUUAGUGAGAAGAUUUGUGAUCGAGGCCAUAAUUUAUUUUUUUCUAGGUUUAGAAGCCUAUGCUGCUGGUUCACCUAAGCAUUUGUUGGAAGGUAAGAUCGCAGUAUAGCCAACAAGCAGCUGUGAGCAGCCACGAUCACCUGAGGAGCCUUCUCGCAGUGUCUGAAUGUGGCUGUUCGAGCCUCUGAGGGGAAUGCGCGCUUCUGUGCAGUGCUUCUCGUGUUUCUGUCUGGCACCGUGGCAUGUGUACAUAAUUUUACCAGGAUCCUUCGUGAAAUUGUUUCAAAUCGUGUAGCAAUAUUAUUUC